UCUUCUGGAACACAACUGCUUUUUCCAACAUGAAGAGUUUCAUUCUCGUAAUUUGUUUUCUUCAACUUUUGGUUGGGAAAUCAAUAGCGGCUCCAUCAUUUUCAACACUGGCAACGGUGACAACCACGGCUAGCAGCGAUGUGGACGAAAAUGAGAAGAAAGCCAGAGAGGAUUUUCGAGAAAUGCAACUUGAAAGUUGGAUUCUGAACCGUGGUUCGCCAGAUGAAAGAUCAGGAAUAAAUUUGGACAAAUGGAAUGCAAGCACUUCUAUGGAUGAUCCUGAGGAAAGAGGUGAUUACUUGGAGGGUGACAUCUUAUUCGAAGACGAUCCCUCAUCUCCAAAAAGCGCCAUUAUGGGUGAAAAUUACCGUUGGCCAAAUGCAAAGGUUUAUGUCAAAUUCUCCAACGUUUUCACCCCAAGCGAUUUAGCCGUCAUUAGGUCCGGAAUGAAGGAAAUUGAAAAGCACACCUGCGUUAAGUUUUUCGACUACAAUCCUGGUGUGGCCAAGGAUUACAUUGAUAUCUCGAGUAACCACACAGGAUGUUUUUCUUCUGUUGGCCGCAGAGGAGGGUCGCAGAGACUAAAUUUGCAACGUCCACGAUGCAUUAAUAAAAAAACUGUAUCCCACGAGUUUAUACACGCUUUGGGCUUCUUUCACGAGCAAUCGCGUGGAGAUAGGGACAAAUACGUACAGAUUUUGUAUAAAAACAUUAAGAACCCCAAUAUUCACAAUUUUGAAAGAAGGGACAGCAAUAAUCUGGGAAGUACAUACGACCCAGAAAGCAUUAUGCAUUACUCUCGAUACGCUUUUGCUAAAAACCCAAAAUUGCCAACUAUAAAUUUCAAGCCACCAUAUCAAGACUUUAAUAAGAAAGUGAUUACUACAAAGAACAGAAAAAUGAGUUCAAUGGAUAUCCAGAAAAUAAAUCGCCUCUACAAGUGCGAGAAAAGUGGUACAAAUGGGAAAAAAAUUAGAUUCUAAAUAUUAUGAUAUUCAAAGUGACAUUUCAUAUUAUUGUUAUGUCUGAAAUAAAAUUCUA